GUUUUCCAGGAAAGAGGCGCUAGCUCCUUUCCCUUACGACGAGUUUCCCAGGCGCGCUGCCUGCCAGAUUCGAUUUUCCACUUUCCGACCUGCCAUUUCUCGUCUGACGCUCACUGCUGAGCCAGCCGAACAGUGAUAGACUUGGUACUCCUCGCCUCUAUCGACGACUCCACACACCUUUUCCCCCGCGACUAGACAGCCCGAUUCCUUCAUCAUGGCUGAACAACUCAACAUGGGCGCUCUCAACCUGAACGACUCGCAGCACGCCCCCAACGGCUUCAACGGCGAGCGCUCGGCCUACAUCCCACCCCACAUGCGCGGUGCUCCCCGCCAGGGUGGAGGCCCGCCCCCUAUGGACGGACCCCCUCCCAUGAUGGCCAACGGCGGAGGUGCCUGGGGCCCCGGUCCCGCACAGGCAGGUCGCGGCUUCGGCGGCCCUCCUCCUAUGAACGACGGCGGCGGCAACUGGGCCAACGCCAACGCCCCCAACUUCACUCCCCGCGGCCGCGACGGUCCCCAGAACGGCGGUGGCGGAUGGGGCGCUGCUCCCCCGGGCCGAUUCGACUCCGGUGCAUACGGCAAGCCAGGCGGCGGCGGUGGAGGUGCUCCCCGCGGCGGCGGUGAUGGCGGGUGGAAGGACGGCAAGCACGUCCCAGGGCCCUCCAACCCCCGCGUCGAGCGCGAGCUCUUUGGUGUCCCCAACGACCCCUCCAAGCAGCAAACUGGUAUCAACUUCGAGAAGUACGACGACAUCCCCGUCGAGGCGUCUGGCCAAGGCGUGCCUGAGCCCGUCACGCGAUUCACAAACCCCCCGCUUGACGACCACCUGUUGAGCAACAUCGAGCUCUCUGGCUACAAGGUCCCCACCCCCGUCCAGAAGUACUCCAUCCCCAUCGUUAUGGGCGGUCGUGACUUGAUGGCUUGUGCCCAGACAGGUUCCGGCAAGACUGGUGGUUUCCUCUUCCCCAUCCUCGCCCAGGCCUUCCAGACCGGCCCCGUGGCUGCCCCCGCCGCACAAGGAGGCUUCCAACGUCAGCGGAAAGCCUACCCCACUUCGCUCGUCUUGGCGCCCACCCGUGAGUUGGUGUCCCAGAUCUACGAGGAGGCCCGCAAGUUCGCCUACCGCUCUUGGGUCAAGCCCUGUGUUGUGUACGGUGGUGCCGACAUUGGCUCCCAGCUCCGCCAGAUGGAGCGUGGCUGUGAUCUGCUCGUCGCUACCCCCGGUCGCCUGGUCGACUUGAUCGAGCGUGGCCGCAUCUCUCUCCAGAACAUCAAGUACCUUGUCCUCGACGAGGCUGAUCGUAUGUUGGACAUGGGUUUCGAGCCUCAGAUUCGCCGCAUUGUCGAGGGCGAGGACAUGCCCCCCACCGCUGGUCGCCAGACACUCAUGUUUUCGGCCACCUUCCCCCGCGACAUCCAGAUGCUCGCCCGCGACUUCUUGAAGGAGUACAUCUUCCUUUCUGUCGGUCGUGUCGGUUCCACUUCGGAGAACAUCACCCAGAAGAUCGAGUACGUCGAGGACGCCGACAAGCGUUCUGUCCUUCUCGAUAUUCUGCACACACAUGGCGCUGGUCUGUCUCUUAUUUUCGUCGAGACAAAGCGCAUGGCCGACUCGCUCUCCGACUUCCUCAUCAACCAGGGUUUCCCCGCCACGUCCAUCCACGGCGACCGCACUCAGCGUGAGCGUGAGAAGGCGUUGGAGAUGUUCCGUACCGGUCGAUGCCCAAUCCUUGUCGCUACUGCUGUAGCCGCCCGUGGGCUUGACAUACCUAAUGUGACUCACGUGGUCAACUACGAUCUUCCCACCGACAUUGACGACUACGUCCACCGAAUCGGUCGUACCGGUCGUGCUGGAAACACAGGUAUCGCCACUGCCUUCUUCAACCGUGGCAACCGUGGUGUUGUUCGCGAUCUCCUCGACUUGCUCAAGGAAGCCAACCAGGAAGUUCCCUCGUUCCUUGAGAGCAUUGCUCGCGAGGGCUCCGGCUUCGGCGGUGGUGGUGGCCGUGGCGGUCGCGGCGGAGGCCGUGGUCGCGGUGGUGCUGCGACUCGCGAUGUCCGUCGCAUGGGUGGUGGCGGCGGCGGCGGCUUUGGUGGAGGCUUCGGUGGAGCUCCCCAGGGCGGCUACGGAGGUGGCUACGGCGGCGGUGCUCCCGCUGGCGGAUACACUGCCCCCGCUCCUGCCUACGGAGGCGGCGGUGGUGGAUACGGUGGUGGUGGCUACGGCAACCCGUCUGGCCCUGGUGGCAGCUCUUGGUGGUAGACGCGUCCAUCCGUGCUCCACGACGCCGCCCACCCAGGACCUAAUUACUUUCUUUGCCAUACCCUGGAACGUCGUGUCGCUUCACUAGGCGGCUUUGCUUCCCAUUUCCUUUAUCGAUCGAAUGUUUUCUGCGACUCUUUCCCGGUUACUGCGGAAUGAAACGGAAACCCGGAAUCUCAUACCCCAAUCAGCAU